GGACGAGAUGAGGACAAAAAGGUUGGACGGACAGUAUAAGUUGGUGGGGGAAGACAAGCGGUCACUAGUCAAGAGGUGGGAGAGAACAAGGUGCAUGCUCCAGAUGGACGGGUGGUCGGACCGGAGGAACAAACCACAGCUGAACGUCAUGGUGUCUUCCCCGGUCGGAACUGUGUUUUGGAAGUCGGUCUGCAUGGAGGGAAGGGAGAAGAACUCGAAAGCGUACUUCAAGUUGUUGGACGGGGUGAUCCAGGAGAUCGGUGAGGGGUCCAUUGUCGGUGUUGUGAUGGACAUUGCAAGGGUUUGCGCCAAAGCGGGAAAGAUGGUGGAGGCCAAGUACCCCGAUAUUUUUAGUGUGGGUUGCACAGCCCAUGCCUUCGAUCUGGCCCUGGAGGACAUGUACAAGUGCAUGGACUGGCUGAAAGCGGUCGUGGAUAAGGGCAAUCAAGUUGGCAAGUUUUUCACAAAUGUCGAUAAGGUCCGCGUAAUAUACAACAGGAUCGCGAGCGCGCAACUCAAACGUUCGACGGUCACAAGAUUCGCGACGAACUUUGAGAUGCUUCAGUCGCCGAAGGCGGGGAGGAAUCCUUUGGAGCUCUGUGUCUGCAAUGCGGCAUGGGUGGAGAAGUUGGUGAGGGGGGAGCAGGUGGCGGCAUUCAACACCGUCACCCACAUCAUCAUGGACACAAAUGGCUUCUGGAAGGCUGUGGAUAAGGCCAUUGCGGUGAUGGAGCCAGUUGUCAAGCUCCUUCGUUUGGUGGACGGUCCAGGAGCAACUAUGAGCAAAGUGUAUUUCGGCAUGGAAGCAGUUGUGGCUAGAAUGCGCACAUUGGACUGCCUGUCGGAGGCUGAAAAGACGGAUGUGGAGAAGAUUUUGAUGGACCGGUGGGCGUUCAUGACAUCAGAGCUGCAUUGCGCGACCGCCUUCCUCGACCCCAAGUACAGGACGCACACCGUUGCGGAGGAGGAUGCACCACCGAACAAGAAGAGAGGGCGGCCUCCACUUUCGGCCGUGAAGAAGGCUGCAAAAGCAGCAGCAUGUGCAGAGGCCGUAAAGGCUGCAGCAGCCGAGGCAAGAAGGCCUGCGAGGAAGAGAACGGCUGAGGUGAUCGAGGACAACGAAGAAAAUCCGUGUCUUAGCCGGAAAAAACAGUCUUCUUCAUCCUCAUCAUCAUCGUCCGAAGACAGUGCGCCGCAAAACAUAGAGGAGGAGGAGGAAAUGUCCCAGCAAUCGGACGAUAGUGGAGAGGCGGACGGGGAUGAGUCGGAGGAGGACCCGUCGCAGGCGCAGUCUCACGGGAAAGAACAGUCGAGGGAGGAGGACGAGUAGACAUAAGCGAAGCAGUAUAUUGAGG